AACAAUAAUAAACAAAAGAAACGAUGAAUCUUCUUUCGUGAAUCUGUUUGAUUGCGCCGUGUUGAAUCCGUGGUUGUUUGAGUGUUUUUACGGGCGAAAAACACCACCACGGGGGUGAGUCGUUACGAGAUGAAUUGUCCGUGUAGCGCGAGAAAAUUACACGAAUUGCGGUCGCUGUGGAAGCGGCCGCGGAUGAACGUAUGAGCACCUGUGUCCUGCGGGCUUUGGGGUUAUGUUGACGGAUCACAGCCUUGGCCGCGGCCGCACGACCUCGUUUGCUUGGAAUCCGCUCACAAAACCGCUCUUUCUCGUCGUUGCGUUACAUAAUGAUUUAUCGGCUCGCUCGGACCAACGCACAGUGUUGCAGAGGCACCGCGCGGUACUCGCGAGCGCAUCUGUCAUAAAUGUGCAGUCCUCCGGCCGUUCGCUUCGCCAUAUUGGUGGCACAGUGUUUUUAUUCCGAUCUGAGAAGAUGGAUCCAGUAGAAAUCAAUGCGCCUUCUCCCAGGAUAAAGCGCAAUGGUGCACGCAUAUUUAAAAAUCCACCACAGCCACAUAUGUGUAUACAGGAUUGCAUACAGGGCAUCACUGCUCCCUGUUACGUAAAUGUACUAUCAUGGGAGAAAAUAGCAAUGCCUCGUAGACCUUCACUGCCUGUGCCACUCUACGGAGGCAUGAGAAUGCCACCGCCUCGCACAAAGACAGAAGCCAUUGUAUUUGCUGUAAUGGCAAAUCCGGAAGUUUUACGAAUAAAUGGCAAAAAUGCUCAAGACCCAAAGAAGCGUAUGAACUUUAUCGAGUUACUAUUAGACUUCAUAGAAGCGAUGAAUGUGGGAGUAGUUUUUGCUCGUCGCUACACGAUACUGAAGGACCGCGAUAUCACGGGUGAACUAAAAGAAGUGUGGAAUGCCGUGCUGGCCAUACGCGAGAACGAACAACGUCCUCAGCAGGAGACCUGGAUAGACGCUCAACCUGCCAUACCCGCGAUGGCGCAAUAUCCUCAAUAUAUGGAGCAGCAGGCGCAAGUGCAACAGCAGCAACCGCCACCGCAGCCGUCGCUGCCGGAAUUCGUGCCGCCGAUGCAGUAUCAUUCGAACAUCCCUUACGGCAGAACCAUGAGCGGCGAUAACAUGCACUACGAAAACUACCAUCAGCCUCAAAACCCGAUAGUUCCUAAGAACGAGCCGAUCUUCGCGCCCGGUCCUAUUAUGUCGCAGCAGACAUACGGCACCGUUCCUCAGAUGGGCUACAAUGUACGCGAUAUAAGCAGAGAGGCUAAUAUUCUCAUGCAGAAGAUCAUUACGGCGCAGCAGCAGUCCCGUAUGACGUGGCCGCAGUUGCCGCAUGUAAACAUGCGUCCCAACCCUUACGGGCCAACAAACACCUCGCCCGCUCCGCCAAUGAAUCCAUCAAACACAAUGAAAUCCUAUCAGCCGUAUAUUCCUUAUCAGCAGCAACAGCAGCAACCGCCGCCGCCGCCGCGUAUGGACAACGCGAUGCACGUUGACGUUCGCAGAUUGCAACAGCAACAGCAACCGCCACCGCCACCGCCGCCGCAUCAGAUGCAUCUGAAUCACACGCAAUCGCCAUACGAACAAUCCGGACCAUUUAACGUGCAACCGAAUAUUCAGAACAACGCGCUUAGAUCAGGCAGACCGCACAUGGGAGUGGCACAAAAGAACAAUGCGACAAGAAGACAAGCAAACUCGCCGACGCAUAAUUCUUCCUGCACAAAUUGUCAAACAAAGGAAGAUCAGUCUACGGCGAAAUCAAAAAGUCCCGUAAAGGUACUUCAGAGAGAGAUUCUGACAGAGCGGCAAGACACAACUAAUCAUACGGAGAACACCAAAGCUCCGACAAAGGAAGAGGAGCCAAAAAAUGUCCCGGUGACAGAUUUAGACGAAGAUCUUAAAAAAGAAAACACAUUAACAAGGAAGGAAGAUACCGACACUUCGGAAGCUGCGCGUACUGUUGAUAACUCUCCAGUGUAUGAGGAAAAAUCUGUGAAAAUAGAAAAACUUUUGCAGGAAACGAAAGAGACGGAAGCGUCAGCCACGCAACAGAGUCAACAACAACCCGGUCCGAAAAAUCCCAAUAGAUUUGGCAAGGGCAACGGACGAACGCGACGAGGAUCGGGUGGUAAGAGUGACAAGGGUCACAACUCUCUUGCGUCGGAGAUCCCGAAGCGUCCGCAGCCAACUAUGAUGAACAACAUCAUCAAGAACGUGUUCAAAAUUGGUCCGGGCGGAUCCGGCGAGGAGACGUCCAGCAAGAGGAAGACGAACGGCCAGGCGAAGGCGGUCGCCAAUGGCAAGGCGACGUGCGAGACCGAGGAGCAACAGCCUGGAUACAUAAUACUGAAGAAAGAGGCUCAAGAGAACGUGGUGAGCGAGAUCGCUCAAUUAUCCAUUCAAGACUGCAAGGACACGACCGAAGUCGGUCCCGUGCUCUCGUGAUAGCCCGAUUCGCAGCUGAUACACGCAGCUGUGCCAUCGCGCGUCCGAGGGCUCCGUUGUAAAUAGAUAGGACGUUUAUUCAAUAGAGGAGUUAUGAGAAGAAACGGUGUGGAAGACCUCGCGCGCGAGAGACACGCACAUCUUUGACUAUCAGAGGAACACAUACAUACUCACUCUUCCACAAAAACCUUUCGAGUCCUCCCGAAACAGAUCCAUGCGUCUUCCGAGUCUUCGGGAAAGCUUCGAUGGUCAGAUAUCGUCGCGCGAACAUCUUUCGCGUUGUGACGUCACGUGACUCCCGGGGGAUUGCGACAAACUAUCACCGUCGGAUCCUUCGAUACUUGAAAACAUUGUCCGAAGACAAUUCGAUAGUCGAUAUUUGAAUUUUCGAUGACAAUGUCAAUCGCUCAACGCACUUCGAGGCUUUGUUUUUUUUUUUUAAUUAUUAAAAAAAAGACAUUUUAUUCUUUUUGAGAAAUUAGGAUGAAAUCGAAGCUAGAUAAGAUGGUUUAAUCAGCAGGCUGCGAAGGUUGUAAACGUUACGUAGUAAUGGUAUCACGAACGUGAGAGUAUUACUGUAAGAUCAAUGGAUUUGUUUACCAGCUACCAUCGACUAUGGAAAUGUCUGGAAUCUCAUUCGCGGUCUGAAGUGGGUGCAAUUUGAAUUGAUGCACAGUCGGAUUUGUUCCUUUUUACACAAUGACCAUACAACUAUGGACUAUCUUUCUAAAACUGUUUUUAAGAAUUCUUUAUUAUAUUUUCUGAAAUUUGAGGCUAACACAAUGGAAUUGAUAGUUUUUAUUUAUUAAAAUAUAUUUAUAAAGUAUGAAUAUAUCUAUUUUGUGUGAACAAAAGAACCAAUUUUUUAUUUUUGUACCCACUACGACAGCGAAUGCGGUUACUCGAAUGUGAUCGCGAGUCUCGCAUAUUCGUUAAUUCGUUUGUCUAACAAUCGCUCUGUUUUUGAUCUCUCAGACGCUCGUGGCGGACAUGAAAACGGACGGAUAGAAAACAAAACAGUGAUAUUAAAAUACCUAUAAGUGUACAAGAGAGAGAGAUUCCGGGACUCUUUGUCCCUACGCUGAACGUACGAGAAUUGAGAUUUAUCUAGGAUUUGACUACUAAUUAAUAAGCACCAAAUCAGAACAAAGACGCACGUAGCUCCGUUUAAGUAAUAGCGGUGUUGUCGACAGUCUCCCAGUUAAGGAAUAGAUUUUUAAGCCGGAGUUAAUUAUAUCGGGCGCGAUUAUCGUGUCAUAAGUUGAAUCAGAAGUCAUUUUUAUCAUAGAGUGUACAAUAAUAAUAGCUAAUUAUCUCGUACUUAUCUUUCCAACAAGAUAAAAUCGAAGAAAAAUUUCUUUUUCGAAGUGCGCAAUCAGCGAGUCGAUUUCUUUCAUCUUAUUAUUAAAGAUAUUAAAAGUUAUGUACGAAAGAAACACCCGGAUAUGAGGAUCCGUAUUUUAUUUCGUAGGUGCUCUUUUUACAUUAUUUCUCACACAUUCCAAGAGUUUCAAAAGGUGAAGAACGCUGAUUUUACGAUUCGUCUCGUACGUUAGCUUUGUUGUAUUUUUUUGUUUUCCAACAAUAAGAAAAAGUUUAACAAAACAAAAUGUAAAAUGAGAAUCGAGAGAGAGAGAGAGAGAGAGAGAGAAGGAAUUAACUUUAUAUCUAUCCGUUUCAUAUAUUUUAAUAUAUGAAAGCACACGUGCGAAUUGGACUUUUCUAUUUCCGGGUGUUUCUGCAUCUGACACUCGAAAUUUUCAUAUAUUUAUAUAUUUACAUAUAUAUCGUUUUAUAUAUAUAUAUAUAUAUUAUUUUACAGGAAA